UUCUGGAGAUUUACGUGUUUUCAUGUGUUUGAAAUUUUGAAAUACAUUUGCUUUCCUUCGUUAAAGUUACUUUAUUGUAAUGAUGAAGGAAAUAAAAUUAACUAGAAAUUUCUUUUUAUGGUGCAUGUCUGUCAUAUAUUUGUCGGCGUUUAGUUCUUUAUAUGUCCAAAUUCCUGGUCUUUUUGGGGACAGUGGUAUUUUGCCUGCUCGAGCCAUAAUAUCAAUUGAAGCUGAAGCUGAUAUUGUUCAUGAAAAGGCAAAAGAAAUUCCAACACUACUAUGGUUAGCUCCAGCAUUGGGUAUAGAUGUGCCUCUGAUGAUGGACCUCAUUGCACUUCUUGGAAUCAUUGUAGCAUUUGGUUGCAUGGUAUGGGGUCGCAUGAGAGAUAUGACAAACUUUACGCUGUUAUGGAUGCUCUAUUUUUCUCUGUUUCAGGUUGGGCAAACAUUCCUGUGGUUUCAGUGGGAUGUUUUAUUAUUAGAAUGUGGAUUUGUAGCCAUAAUACUUGCUCCUCUUGGAUUUUUACAAAACUCCAUCAAAAGUGGGUUUUUGUCAUCCUUACCGCAUCGUCCUCAUGAUAUAAUCUCAAUGUGGCUUGUGAAAUGGUUGCUGUUUAGAUUCAUGUUUUCUUCUGGUGUUGUGAAACUCACAAACAUGUGCCCUACAUGGUGGGGAUUAACAGCUCUGAACUAUCAUUUUGAAAGUCAGUGCAUUCCUACACCUCUUGCUUGGUAUGCUCACCAUCUACCAACCUGGCUUUUGAAGUUUGGAGUAGUUGCAACUUAUGUUACUGAAAUUCCUCUGCCAUUCCUAUUUUUUUCCCCAAUUCGUUCUUUAAGAUUAUUCAGCUUUUAUGCUCAGAUAUUUUUCCAAUUUCUAAUAAUAUUAACUGGAAACUUCAAUUUUUUCAACUUAUUAACCAUUGUAAUGUGUCUUUCCUUGGUUGAUGAUGACUUUCUGUUAAGUUUAGUUGGGCGACCUACUCCAGCUAGCAAAACAAGUGGAAGUACAGCAUUAAAGUGGACUAAAAGAAUUCUAUGCUUUGCUGUAGAAACUGUUGUAAUCCUUGCUAUUUGUUAUGGAACUGUGAAAUAUUUCUCAUUGAAAAUUUUACCAGAUUGGUCUGUAGAUAGCAAAAUAGCAUUUUCUGCAGCUGAAUUUCGUACCUUUUUAAAAGAAAUUAUUCCUAUUUCCAUAUCCAUUGGAGUAAUAUCCCUUUCUUUAAACAUUGUCAUAGCUCUGUACAGAUCAAUCACAGAAGUUGGUGUGUUUAGAAAAUUAUUUGCCCUAACAGGAACAAUUUUUGUAUCCUGUGCUUCCUUAUGGCUAUUUAUUAUUAGCUUGGUGCCUCAUUCUGCUCUUGAUACCCAGACUCGUGAUAACCUGUGGCCUGUCAUUUACCAGUGGCACAAGCGAGUUGAAGAAUUCCAACUGUCAAAUAAUUAUGGUCUAUUCAGAAGGAUGACUGGUGUUGAUGGUCGACCAGAAAUUGUGAUAGAAGGUAGCUAUACAGGCACUACUGGAUGGAAGGAAUAUCACUUUUUGUAUAAACCUGGAGCUGUGUCUGAAAGACCACCUGUCCUUAUUCCUCAUCAGCCUCGACUAGACUGGCAGAUGUGGUUUGCUGCCUUGGGAACUUAUGAGCACAAUCCAUGGUUUGUCAGCUUUAUUUAUCGUUUGCUUGAAGGAGAAAAAAGUGUUUUAGAACUUUUGGAUAAAGAUCGUCUACCUUUUCCUGCCAACAAACCUCCUAAACAUAUCAGAGCAAUACUUUAUAAAUACUCAUAUACAUCUCCAAAUGAAUCAGGAAAGAAAAACUCUGAUUGGUGGACCCGCCGUAAAGUACGAGAAUACUUCAACAGUGCUAAUCUAGAUGAUAAACAAAUGACUGAAUUUUUGAGUGCUGCAGGAAUUCCACUGGAGAAGACUCGGUACUUGCGAGUGACAAAUGCAUUCCUGAAAAAAGCCUUAUUCAAGAUCAGAACCUAUAUUAAAACUAUUGCUCCAACGGUAUUCAUUUGGUCUUUAUUAGGUGCUGGCUUUUCUAUAAAUUUUCUUGCCCCAGUGCUGAGGUUAUGAAUUCCAUCUCAUAGCUAGAUGUCUUAUUGAUGCAUUUUAAAAUGAAAUUAAUGUUUGUGGUAUUUACUGAACAUUUUUAAGUAAAGUAUAUGUGUAAUUUUCAAUGAAUUUUGUACUAAAACUGCAAUAUCAUUUGCCAUUAUAUGAUAUCAAAGUACAAUUGUAAACAAGCGCUUUUCACAAGUUUACUUUGCACUUGACUUUAAAACAUACAUGUGAAUGUGUCAAGAUUUUUCAAGUAAUAUGCUUGAAUUUUCAUGCAUUGUUGAUGCUUCAUUAUAUACUUUCAUCGUUUUGCACAAAAAUAGUGUAAAUCAUGCAGGUCUUUGUCUUUUCAUAAUUAGGCAUUCAUGUAUGAUGUGAAAUUCCAUAGUUAUUAAUAAUCUUUGAUGUAUUUUUUAAAUUAAAUAGCCAUUACGAUUUUGUAAAUAAAACUUUAUAUUUUGUGAAACAUGCCAAUCAAAGCAUGUUCUAAAGCUUCAAGAAUAUUCUCAAUUACAAUUUCAAAUGCAAAAGAAUUUUUAACUGAUAUGACUUGUGAUGUAUGAAUAUUAAAUGUAUUAUUUCUUGGAUUGUUUGAAUUAUUUUUAUCCCAAAUAUAUUUUUAAAUUAUGCAAAUGUAAUCACAUGGUUUGUUCUCUAUGAUAAUUUUACAUUUGUGUUUUCUUCUACUAUUGUUACCCAUUCAAGUUUUCCAUUAAGUUUACAGUUUCAUUAUAUUUAAGCCAGUUUUCAAACUCCUAAUGUGUUGAAAAAUCUAAAGUAUUGGGUUCUUUAUUUUAUUUUUCUUAGUUAUCAAAUUUAAUAGUUUUUGUGUUCCACUUUUCUUUUUUUCCUUUUGAUCUCAUAGUUCAAGUGGCAACCAACAAUUAGAUUGUAGGAAAAUUUGUAGUGGAUCAGUAUAAGCUGUUGAAUUACUAUUUUACUACACGUCUUCUUUACUCAACUACUGACAAAAGGUUUGUUUUUGUUACAUUUUUUGUAUGGUUGCUACUAGAACAAUUUUUUUUAUUCCUACCUCUUCAUUACUAACUGAAUGAAAUAUUUCAGAGACAUAUUUUAAUAAAAUUAAAAUAAGUCAAUCUAUACAAUAGAUUAUAUAUAUAUAUAUAGUUGGUCACCCCUUUUUAUAGUUUAUCAAACCAAAUUUGUUAGGGGAUUUUUAAGUUAUUUUAAUGCAUAAAGUGAUCUUUUUUUUAACUGCAAUAUUUUAUUAAAUUUUUUGAAAUGUAAAACAAUUCUAAAAUACCUGCAUUCCUGUUAUCUAGGCGAUUCGGGAGAUGGCAAUCCCCUCUCCUUACUUUGAGAAAUUGAAUGAAUUUACAUAUAUGUGAGCCUAAUUUUUAUUGCUUUUCGAUAUUGAAAAUCAAAAGCAGAAAGAAGCAAAAAGCAUACAGUAGGCGCCGCUUAAUGUGAUCACGGUAAAUGUUAUAAUUUGCUUAAUGUUAUCAUAAUCACGAAGUCCUGAAGCACUUGUGUGUUAACAUGUGCUAAAAAAGUCGGAUAUUGUAAUCAGCGUCUUCGUUUAUUGUUAUCACUUUUUCAUAAAGUUUCAAAUUUUUUCUCUUUUUUUGUUCCUCAAUCAAAAGAAAUAGAAAGGCAUCUGGGAAAACAAGUUCCCUUCUCAAGAAUUUAAAGAGGAAGAAUUUUUCUCCCUGGUCAGUUACUCUAAAAACUUCACUCUAAACGGUCCAACAUUUUAGCUAAGCUUGGAGAAAAAGGGCAAUAAUUUCAUUGGCCAGGAAAAAAUUGACAUUUUAAAACGCUUUGACAAUUUAACUGUGAUGAGUCAGAGAAAUGUCGCAGAACAAAAAAACAUUUCUCAGCCAUUACUUUGUAUGUUACUAAAAAAUCGUGAGGAGGUUGAAAACAAAGUGAAGCUAAAUGAAAACUUAUUGAACAUCAAGCGAAACCAUGCUGGACAAGAUGGUGAAGUUGAAGCUGCUUUGAAACUGGUUAACGAAUGUCAGGGAAAAGGAUGUGCGUAAAUGGUCUGUUAAUGCUGCAAAAGCAGAAGAUCUUGCUUUUAAAGUGGGCAAAAAAAAAAUUUGUCAAACCGAACGGAUGUUUCAACGUUUAAUCAAUGGGAAAAAGAACUGUUUCAUUCUGCUAGUUUAUAAUUUAAAACUGCGUUUUGUUGAGACAUUGUAAUUUUAAUUUGCAUGUAAAAAUAAAUGCUUGAAAUAAUUGAAAAACUAAUCAUUUUGUGUCUCCUGGAUUCUUUUCGGUUAUUGUUAUCAAACUGCGUCUGUCCCAAAGUGAUCACAUUAAGCGGUGCUUACUGUAUAUUCCUUUUGCUUCUCCCUGGAAAUUUGUCAAAUGAUAGGCCUGACUGCACAGUAUCGAGAUUCUUCUUUUUGGCAAAAUGUACAGCUUUUCUUACUCUUUCGGAGAUUUUUUCUUUUUUCAGCUUUUAAUCCUUUAAAAAUAUUUUGACUACUGCCCAUUCUUCUCCUCCUGCAAACUUGAAGCUAAUAUUGCCAUAUAAGUUAUGCCAAUCUUUUACGUUUUGCUAAUUACUUAGUAAAACUAUCCUUUGUGAGACGCUGCUUCUCCAAUGGUGGCAGUGUUGAGUCUAAUCGAAAGAUUUGUGUAAAAGUAUUUAAAAAGUUCAUUCUAUUCUGAAAUUAUUUGAAAUAUUCACUCGAUUGCUUAUCACUGGUUUAUCAGAAUUUGCUCCAUAUCCGAUCAUUGGAUUAUAUGCAAAUCGCAUUUGAACAUCAUUAAUUUGUAGAAUGAUUUGUUAGGUAUGUUACUGUAAAGUUAUUUUAAAUAUUUAUGCAUACCUUCAGAAAUAUUCUGUAUUGUUUGUUAUUUUUAAAUACUACAUAUCUGUACCUGAAUAAUAUGUUUUUUAGUCCUUUAUUUAUUUAUUUUUUGUGUGUGAAAAGUGAUUUCAAACAUUCUUAAGUAAAGAAAAAAUGUUCUGGCUUGUUAUUUUCAUAUACAACAAUAUCAAGCAAAAUUUUGCAGCAGAAUAUUAUCUGUUAAGUAUUUGCAUUUUAUUUUAAGACACUUAUUGAGCAAACAUUUCUGCUUUUGAUAGUCCUCUGUUUCCUUGUUUCAAAAACGUUAGAUAUGUAAAAACUCGAUUAACCACAAAACAAUGAAAAGAAUUGAAUGAAAGAAAAAUCUCUCUCUCAUAAAGUCUGAUGGUCGCUCAUCCAUUAGCUUUCUACAUAAGAAAAAGGGGUUCUUUAUAACCCUGAAGCAAGUAUAUGCUAAAACUUGUUAUUGUUAUGCUUCAUUGAAGUUUUUUCUUUUCUCCCAGCACAAAAGUAUUGUUUUGUUUCUUCUACAAGUAUGCUCAGCAAAAAAAUUUCGGGUAUGCAUUUCCAAACCAAUUUUAAAAAGUCUAUGUUUCUAUAUAUAUAAAAAGCUGCAUUAAAAAAAAAAAAAUCUCAAUUGUUCUUAAUUCCACUUUUUUCACUUUAAAAAGCAAAUACCUAUGUUUCAGGCGGAAUCUAUUACAAGUUUUUUUUUUUUUUUUUUUGGACUGAGGAUACAAAUAUACUAAGCAAAAUAAAAAUUUAUUCUUUACUAUUAGAUGAUGCUACAUUCAAGCAGAUUAACAAAAUACCAUUCAUUUAUACUUUUAUCGGCAAAGUGGGAAAAGUCGUUUUGUUUAAUAGAAAAUUCGAACAUUUUUUUGGAUGUUUGAAGAUUACAUUCUAGUCAUAAUGAAAUAUUUUUUAGAGUUGAAAUUAAGAAGUAAGUUGCCCUUACCAACAGUGGAGUUUUAAAUGUACAUAAAAGUUACUAAUAGGAGGUUAGCUUAUUUUUGUACUUUUGUUUGCAUUUGGAAAAUAGGAACAAGAAGUUUUAGUGCUUUGUGUGUUGCUAAUUGUGCAGCAUUCUUUUAUCUUCUGUGUUUGUUUUAUAUUUUGUAUUAUUUCUUUGUAGCAAAAUGUACAAAGCUUAUUAAACCGAAGUAUAAUGCCUAUUUUCCCCCAAAAGUUCUCCCCUUUCUUUCCCCUAAAAUAUUAAGGAGCAUGAAUGUACAUUAUUUUUUAAACAGAAGAGUCAGAUUUUCAGCUAGCUGUAUUAAAAAUUUAAUAAUUAGUUUUUAAG